GGACUGUAAAGAGACCUGCUUUCCCGGGCUCACUCCGACUAGCACGCUUGGAUCUUUCAAAGUUAUAAUGUUUCUUUUAGUUUUAAAAUAAGUAUUUAUAUAUUUGUUUAAAUACAAUUUUCAUCGAGAUUAAUAUUUUUUGUUUUAAAAGAAAAGAUUUUAUUCACAAACUAUGCAUGGAUCCAACUUGUCCCUUAUGCUGCACAGGCUACAGUUUUACCGGUACUAGAGGCUAGAUAUUCGAAGUUUCCAUAAGCUGCUAGUUAAAAUAGUCGGCUUUGAGGAUAACUCCAUACGGAACACAAUUUAACUGGUUGACACGAUUGGACUUAUCAACACAGAAGUUAAAAACUAGUGUGAGCAAAAGGAGGAAACAUGGAUCUCCGCCAUUUAGUCGUCAUAAACCAAGGAGACUUUUUUGAGUUUCUGUUGAACGAUACAGCACACUGGGGAAUAUGCUUAGAUGGCGACGUAUGUGUCUAUGCAGGGGUUGAUGAAGUCCCAGAUAAUGCUUUUAUUGUUAGAAGACUGUAUAGAAAAUGGUUUCCUUGUUAUGUUGUGAAAGUGGCAAAGAUGCAACAUUUGGUUCUGACCGAAAAGGUGCAGCGAAACUCCAGAGGAACUGAAAUAGCCUUGAAAGCAGUGAAGCAAAUUGGAUCCCAAAAAUGGAAGAGCAGUAGAGAAUUUGUUGACAGUUGUCAAGUUAAAAUGUGGCCUAAUCUGCUACGUUAUUUUUUACUUUUCCUGCUAUUUUCGGCGACUACAAAGAGUAAUAAAUCUACCCCAGAUGAAAAUGCAAAGUCUGAUGGUCGUUCCUUUCCGGAAAUAAUUUUUGAUGUAGUUGGUUUUAGUGUCCUUGCAUUUAUUUAUUAUCUUUUCACUCAGAAGAGAAAUGAAUUCUUAAAGGUGAAAGAAAAUCCUUUCGCCGGCGUCAAACAAGACUUCAUUAACAAACGUGUGAUGGAAGAUGUGAACAGAUUUAACUCAUCACAUGAAGGGGAAGCAGAAAUAAUACUUACACCAGAAUUUUUAAUUAUGACUGGAGAUGUAGACCAUAUUUUGGCUUGUGACAAUUUUGUACAAGAUCUAACGACUAAAAGAGAUGCACACAACGGGCAGAUAGAGAUGUUUGGGGAACAAGAGUUCCCGCAGCGGGAUGAAGGCAAAGCUUUGAUCAAGAGACUACAAAAUGAACAUAGCUACACGAGGAAAAUUUUGCGGGAUAGUAAACCCGAGACUAAGCUUGGAGCAAGGAAUGUCAAAGAUAAAUGUAAUGUUCAAUGUGGAUGGGAUUUUGGAAAUAUCAAUGUGAGAGUCAUCGAAGGAGACAUUGAAAGACAAAAGACAGAUGUUAUUGUUAGUACAGUGGAUAAAUCUCUCAACUUAAAUUUUGGAACAAUGGCCUCAUCUGUUCUGAGAGCAGCUGGUGAUGUUAUACAGACAGAAUUGCUGACAAGAUAUGGAACAGGAAUUGAAGUUGGAGAUUUUGCUCAAUCCAGUGGUGGCAUGUUACCAUGCAAUUAUAUCCUUCAUGUUUGUCUGCCAAAUUACAAACAGGAUAAUGUCUCACAGAUUUUAAACACAGUCAGUAGGCUCUUAGACAGAGCUGAAAGACUCAAAUCUAAGUCUAUCUCUUUCCCAGCUUUGGGUACAGGAAUUUUGAGAUAUCCAUCAGAUAUCUCUUCUGAAAUUAUCAUGGAAGCCAUUAGGCGACAUGCAGAAAAGAAUAAAUAUGAUUUACAGUUUGUUAAUAUUGUUGUCUAUUCAAAAGAUAAAAAGUGUUUUGAUGAAGUUUUAGCUAAAGGAAGUACACUGUUCAAUGAUAUCAAAAGAAACUUACCUGAUGGCAUCUCUAAAGAUUUAUUUAAAACUCAGUCCUGGCCGCAAUAUUGGGACUUAAUGUCAGAAAAAAAGAACUUAGAAGUCAUUGCAUUAAAACAAGAAAGUCUGGAAUAUAAAGAAGUAGAACAACAUUUUCAAAUAUCCAUACUUGGAAGAUCUGUGAUGAUUAACAAGAUUCAACGCAUUCAAAAUAAAUCCCUCUUCUUGCAAUUCUGUGCCAAAAAAGAUGAAUUGGAACUGCACAAUCCUGAGAACCAUCCAAAUGAAAGGAAAUUAUUUCAUGGAACUUCAGUCUCCUCUGUAUGUCAAAUUAACGAAACUGGAUUCAAUAGAAGCUUUUGUGGAAAGAAUGGUACUGCUUAUGGUAAAGGAGUUUAUUUUGCUACUGAAUCCAGCUACUCAUUAAAUUAUUCUCCACCUGACCCUCAUGGCAAGUGUUACAUGUACAGAGCUAGAGUUUUGACUGGACAGUUCAUUAAAACAUCUCGAGACACCAAGUGUCCUCCCAAAAAGCCUGGCACCAACAGACCCUAUGAUUCUGGAGGUAACAUAAAUCAAGGAAUCUUUGUAAUUUUUCAUGACGCUCAAAUGUAUCCAGAAUAUUUGAUUACAUAUCUACUGUAAUAGUUCUAAAUGGAGAAUAUUUUAUAGGGCAUAAUCUGUAACAAUUCUUAAUGUAGAAUGUUAUUGAUGACAUCAUCUGAAAGUAAAUGUUAUUAAUGGAAUCAUCUGUUAUAGUUCAGUGAAUGCAGAGUGUAAUUAAUUGUGUCAUUUGUAAAAUUCCAAAUAAAGAAUGUUAUUUUGUC